CCUCCUCCCUGACAUACACGUAGACAUUGCGCUAUUGUUUCCGGGGCAGCAGUUACCGGUUUCCGCUCUGAAGGUUCCUUCGCCCCGAUCCUCCUCCUCCGCAUCUGCCACGCUUGCAGGAGCUGCCCGUCACCUACAUCCGGGAUACGGCCGGGGAGGUGAUUGUUUCUGUUGGCUGUGGCCCGUAAUACCGUGAAGAUGCUACGCUGUCUGGUGAAUGGCUCCAGGGUGGGGUCCCUACUGUCACUAUUCCUGCUAAUUCUUGGUUGUGCCACUGCCUCCGAAAUUACCUUUGAGCUGCCCGAUAAUGCCAAGCAGUGCUUCUAUGAAGACAUCACUCAGGGAACCAAGUGUACGCUAGAAUUCCAGGUCAUCACUGGUGGACAUUAUGAUGUGGAUUGCCGGCUUGAAGACCCAGAUGGGAUUGUUCUGUACAAAGAGAUGAAGAAACAAUACGACAGUUUUACAUUUACAGCCUCUCGCAACGGAACAUACAAGUUCUGCUUUAGCAACGAGUUCUCCACUUUCACACACAAGACUGUCUACUUUGACUUCCAAGUUGGUGAAGACCCACCGCUCUUCCCCAGUGAGAACCGGGCCACCGCCCUGACACAGAUGGAAUCUGCUUGCGUUUCAAUCCACGAAGCUCUAAAGUCAGUCAUCGACUACCAGACGCACUUCCGCUUAAGGGAGGCGCAAGGCCGCAGCAGGGCAGAGGAUCUGAACACCAGAGUAGCCUAUUGGUCCGUAGGGGAGGCUGUUAUUCUCUUAGUCGUAAGCAUUGGACAGGUGUUCCUCCUUAAAAGCUUCUUCUCCGAUAAAAGAACAACCACAACACGCGUUGGAUCAUAACCCAGAAUCAUACGGAUGGUUUUCUUUCCUUACACACUGUUGUCCCAACUGCAGAUUUUUGGGGGGUUUUCCUUUUCCUGAUACCACUAAGGAAAAGACUGUAUAUAUUGCUAAAGCUAGGUUUUACCUUUUAAACUCCCAACAUAGCCAUCCCCUGGAAAGAUAUAAAAAAAAUAAGUGUUAAAACACUACUUUCUUUUUAACUGUUGGAGGGACUUUGUUUCAUAGGGGAUUUGGAUGUUGCACAUUCAUCUGUAAUGUUAAUAUAUUAUCCCCAGAAAGAUGUUCUGUCCACUUGGGAUUAUUAUAAUUUUUUUUUUUCAAAGCAAAGGCCUUUUUUAGUAGAUCCACCAGCGCACCGCCAUUGGUGUUCAGCGUGCAGCUAUUGUAAAGAGCCUAAAAACAUUGGCUAGGUCAGUGUUUCCCAACCAGGGUGCCUCCAGCUGUUGCAAAACUACAAAUCCCAGCAUGCCCGGACAGCCGUUGGCUGUCCGGGCAUGCUGGGAGUUGUAGUUUUGCAACAGCUGGAGGCACCCUGGUUGGGAAACACUGAGCUAGGUCAUACUAUGUGUACAUUUCUAGUUUAGCUUUUUUGGUCUAGCUAUGGGGGGUAUAAAUUAUCUGCAUUCAUUUACAGUUGGUAUACAGCCAAAAUGCUUUUUUUUUUUUUUUUAUUGAUUUUGUAUUUCUAGAAGAACGUGUGUUGCAGUUUAACGGAAGUUGUUCCUUUGCUUAUAUAUAACGGAGGCUCACCACUCUCUCACUUUUUUUUUUUUUUUUUUUUUUCUGAUUGGAUAGGCAUUCCUAUAUUUGUCAUUAUCAGGAUGUUGGGAAGAGGAGAUCAUAAGCCUAGAUAUAUUUAAAACGAUGACAAAGAUUUUCUAUGGAGAUCAUCAUUUUCAUCAUUGUAAAUAUCAUUUUUAUUUGCCCAACUACAUAAUCUGUAAAAAUUGGACUUUUAGGUUGACUGUCAACUAUUAUGUCGAUUGUUAACAAUAAAACGAUGUGCACACCCAG